AUGCUCUCAGAAGAAUUCUUCAAAUCUCUGCCCAAAGUGGAACUCCACGCGCAUUUGAAUGGAAGUCUCUCUGAAAAAGCGCUGGAAAAACUGGAAAAACUGAAGAUCAAAGAAACGAAUGGUGAGUACAAGGGAUUCACCGAAACCGAACGAGAAAUCAUUUCGAUGGAAAAACCAAAAACGAUGACUGAAGUUUUUCAAAUAUUCCCCAUUGUUCAAUCACUCACCGAGAGCAAAGAGGCCUUAAAAUUGGCCACCCUGGAAACUUUACGCGAAUUCGAAACGGAUGGGGUAAUCUAUUUGGAACUGCGGUCAACACCCAAGGCUAUCGGAAUGUCGAAAAAAGAUCUCGAUCGACGACAAACUUUCGAAGAAGCUGAAGAAACGAUGAUAUUGGCGAUAAAUGAUUCAACGGGUCUCAUUGUUGGAAUCGAUCUCUCUGGAGAUCCACACGUAGAUGGAACAAAAUUUAUUCCAAUUCUUCGGAAAGCUCAAGAAAAUGGUAUCAAAGCUACCGUGCACUUGGCUGAGAUGGAAACAUGUCUCUUCGAAGUCGACGAAUUCUUGGAUUUUGGUCCCGAUCGAAUCGGGCACGGCUCAUUUCUGCAUCAACGAGACGAAUGGGUGAAAAAGAUUAAGCGAUCAAGAAUUCCAAUAGAAAUUUGCUUGACCUCGAAUAUUUUCACGAAAACGACGUCAACAAUCGGGGAGAGUCAUUUUAGGGAUUGGUGGAAGAUUGAACAUCCUGUGUGCUUGGGGACUGAUGACAAGGGAAUUUUCCCCAAUUGUUCGAUGAGCGGUGAACUUGAGUUGGCCGCUAGAGAAUUUCGACUCUCUGCAUUUGAUUGUCUAGAAAUCACAAAAACAUCACUGAAAGCAUCCUUUCUCAAGAAAACAUCAAAAGAAUAUGAAUUUCUGUUCACCUUUCUGAAUAACUUUGUGAUCUCUGAA